CCACCACAAUACCACGCAGGUGGCGAUAUGAUGUAGACCCGCCGUUCAGAAGAAGUUGUCAUUUCGGCGCUUCAUGCUGGAAGCUAUGAGCUUAGACAUCGCGCCGGCCCUUCUGUUCAACAGCUGCAGCUCAGCUGUGUGGAGCCCGCAUCCUGGUGUCUGAGCCGUCUUGAAAUUAUUCUGCUUUCGUGGGAUGCUUGUUGUUCACAGAUUGUCGGAAUUCUCGGGGUAUGCAGAAGAGCAGGAAUAUGGGCGCCAACCACUCCCAUAAAACGCCAGUCUUUGACGAAAACGAAGAUGUUAACUUUGACCACUUCCAGAUCCUUCGAGCAAUUGGGAAAGGAAGCUUUGGAAAGGUAUGCAUUGUCCAGAAGCGAGAUACAAAGAAAAUGUACGCCAUGAAAUACAUGAACAAGCAAAAAUGCAUAGAGCGAGACGAAGUCCGCAAUGUUUUCAGAGAAUUGCAGAUAAUGCAGAGACUCGAGCACCCUUUCCUAGUGAAUCUGUGGUACUCAUUCCAAGAUGAGGAAGACAUGUUUAUGGUGGUCGACCUGCUUCUUGGCGGAGAUUUACGAUAUCAUUUACAGCAAAAUGUCCAUUUCAAGGAAGAAGCGGUGAAACUCUAUGUGUGUGAACUGGCUUUAGCUCUGAACUACCUAAAAAGCUACCACAUCAUCCACAGGGACAUCAAACCUGACAAUAUUCUUCUUGAUGAGCAUGGACAUGUUCACAUCACUGAUUUCAACAUAGCAACGCUGGUGAAGGAUUCUGAAAAGGCUACAUCUAUGGCUGGGACAAAACCCUACAUGGCUCCUGAAGUUUUUCAGUCCUUUUUGGAAGGAGGCCCUGGAUACUCAUAUCCAGUGGAUUGGUGGUCCUUGGGAAUAACAGCUUAUGAACUGUUGCGGGGCUGGAGACCUUAUGACAUUCACUCCAACACUCCAGUGGAAGAAAUAUAUCUCAUGAUCACUACAGAACAGAUCCACUGUUCCUCAACCUGGUCUAAAGGAUUGGUGGCAUUAGUGAAAAAGCUUCUUGUGAAAGAUCCUGAGUGUCGCCUAUCAAGUCUCAAGGACAUUCAGAAUUCUCCAUACUUAGUUGAUGUCAACUGGGAUGCUGUGCUGGAGAAGAAUCUCAUCCCUGGUUUUAUUCCUAAUAAAGGCAGGUUGAAUUGUGAUCCAACCUUUGAACUAGAAGAAAUGAUAUUGGAGUCGAAACCUCUUCACAAGAAAAAGAAAAGGCUGGCUAAGAAUAAAUCGAAAGAUCUCAAUAAAGAAUCUUCACCACUGAAUGGCCAUCUCCAACAGUGUCUGGAAACAGUCCACAAUGACUUCACCAUAUUCAACAGAGAAAAGUUAAGAAAAUCACAAGCAGAAGUUGGGCAAACAUCCAGCAAAGAAAAUGGAACUUGCGGUCAAACACAUGAAAAGACACAGGAUGGUCACAAUAACAAUGUGCUUGAAUCUGUUUGCACAACUAUUCCUAGCUAAUCCACCCGAGUUAGUCUGAGCCAGCCAAGAACUCAAAAGAUAUCUGUAUUAUAGUGUGCAUUAUUUCAGUGCAUGCCUUGUGGUUUAAGUAUCCUUCUCUUCACAAGAAAGCAACUCAGAGGAUUCAUUAUUUGAAAGAAACGACUGGAGAAGUCCAUUGUCUACAUUUAUGCAACAGACUGGAAAAGAGUGAACAUAUUGGCAGGACAACAGCCUUACACAGAAGACAACAACAUUGAUAAUAGAUACAAAAUGCUGGAGUAACUCAGUGAGACAGGCAGCAUCUCUGGAGAGAAGGAAUGGGAGACGUUUCGAGUCGAGACCCUUCUUCAGACUCAACCCCGAAAAGUCACUCGUUCCUUCUCUCCAGAGAUGCUGCCUGUCCCGUUGAGUUACUCCAGCAUUUUGUGUCUAUCUUCAGUUUAAACCAGCAUCUGCAGUUCCUUCAUACACACAACAAACAUUGAUAACCCAUCUUUAAACCAUUUUGAAAACAAUUUCUCACAUUGAUUCCUAUCAAGUCACUAAAAUUGUUUUAAGUGCAGGCAACCCAUCUAAACCCUGAGAAUUUAUACAUUUUAUGCCGGGUGGCACCAUCAACGAUGGCAGCCUUGCCAAUGGUCUGUCUAUCUUGUUGGCUUUUGUGUUAUUUUUAGUGUGUUUUAAAAAGAUUGUGUUAAUGUUCUCUGGUUUGUUUUAUGUGAUGGGUGGGGGAAGGAAGUCGGGGGAAACUUUUUUUCUAUCUCUUACCUUGCUGGAGAUGCGAUUGUUUUCCGGAUCGUAUCUCUGGUCGCUCUGCGGCCUAACAUCAUGGAGUUGGCGACCUUGCUCGAGACUGGCUUUGAACCCCACUGUGGUCCCUUGACUGGGAUCAACGCUCCAAUCGCGGCCUGCGGAUUUCACCAUCGAGAAGCUCGCAGUCUCGGGUAGAGACCGAUGUUGGGAAGCUCCAAGCCGCAGGAGGUUUGACUAGCCUCAACCUGAGAUCUGAUCACCUGGUGCGGGGGAGCUGAGAUCUCUCUGAUGCGGGAGCUUGAUCGCCCUGAUGAGGAUGGCCCGACCGCCGGCUACGGGAGCCAAGAUCACCUAGACGGCAGAAGGCUCGAGGCCUCUGACCACCGGAGAACAAAGAAGGGAAGAGAUUGAACUUUUUUUUGCCUUCCAUCACAAUGAGGAAUGUGGGGUAGUCGGAAGUUUGAUUAUGAUUAUUAUGAUUAUGAUCUCGUCUUAAAAAUAUGCACAGUAUUGAACCAUGCCCACAGAAAGAUUAUGUUCUAGUGUGUGGUCUCCCUGAUGCUUUAACUAUGUUAUACCUUUGGCCUGAUGGAAAUUCUUCUUAGUUAUCUGGAUUAACAUAUUCUAUGUAUAUAUAUGUACAAUUUUCAUGAUUCAGGAAAGAACCUGUGUUGUUAAAUCAUUAAAAUGUAACGUGCUCCUUUUUGUUAAUAAUGAACCUUUUGUUCCGAAUAACUUACGUCUUAAUAUAAAUGUAAUCGUCUGUGUUAAUGCCCAGCCUAGUAUGUGGUAUGUCUGUUUUUAAGUUAAUUGACACUGACAUUUUAAAUAGUCUGGUUUUGUACAGAUUGAGAACUGUAAGUACAAUAAUUAUAAUUUUAGAUGUAUUGACAAUAAUUCAUGCUGGUUAAUGGCUAUUCCUUGACAUUUUACAAACCUGUUGUUGUCAGAGACGAUAUGAAUACAGAAAUAACAUUUAUAAUGAACAAAUUAAGUUAACGCUAGGGUAACUUAUACUUAAUUUUUUUGCUCCCUUUGCUAUCACUUCGAUGCUUGCAACUGCCAAAUAGAAAGUGAUCGGUUUGCUAUGCCCACUCUAUCACCUGUAAUUUGUCUUUACUGUUGCCAUUAAUUCAGCAAGAGAUGCUACCUAAUGUGGGAUACUGAUAAAAUUAAUGCAUUAUCUAUGCCGUGUAAAAAAAUUGUAAAAUGCCUAAUUUUGGGCAGCGCAAACUACUUUCAUAUCAUUAAUGCGAACACUUUGCAUGAACUGAGUGGGGAUUUAAACUGUGACCACUUACUUAACAUCGGCCAGGAUAAUGUUAGAGGAUUUGGAAGGAACUAUCAUGAAAGUUAUGUUGUUAUUUCAAAAGUGACAAUAGCAUUAAAUCAUGAUUGAAU